AUGUCGAAAGAUAUUGCUUCCAUAAGAGAAAUACAACAGAACAGACAACUCAUUAUGCAAGCUCUAAAUAAGAACACAACAAACUUUUCAAACUAUGCUAAAAUAUCUGAGUCAUUGAAAGAAGGAAACUUAAAACUGACAAUAAACCCUAUGACAGAUGAGUUUCUGUUUCAAGACAAUAAAAACAAUACUGUUUGUAUAAAUCCAACAAAAGGACUUUUAAAUGAGAAACCUAUAAAUGAACUUCUUUUGAAAGCAGAUGUUGACAAUAAAGCUGACAAAGAAUAUGUCAUUGAAAAAGUUCAAGAAGAACAUGACAGAGCAGAAGCAACAUAUGCAACAAAAGAUGACGUUGUAAAUAAAGCUGACAAAGAAACUGUAGAUAUGUUAGCACAAACGGUUUCAAGUCAUGACAGAGCCUUAAUGGAAGACGGACAACAUUUGCAAAAACUUGACAAAGAUGUUUCAAAUAAUAAGUGGAAGGUAGACUAUUUGAAUGAAACCGUAAAUGGUCAGAAGCAGGAAAUAAUAAGAAUGGAAGGUGAAAUAUCUGGAAAAGCUGACAAAGAACAUACUCACAAUAUUUCUGAUGUAAAUUACCUUCAAGAUAAUUUAGAUAUCAUGGGUCGAUAUAUAUAUAACCAUACAAUGAAGUUUGAUGAACUUGAAGGAGAUGUUGCUAGUUUAGAAGGCGCUAGCGAGUUGUAUUCUCGGAGCAUUAGAGAACUUGAAAAAGACACAAAGAACUUAGAUGAAACCAAAGCUGACAAAAUAGAAACUAUGUCAGUAAAACUGGAAAACGGUAUAGACUUGGAAACAGAGAAUGUAUAUUUGGAAGAGCGAGCUACAAGUGACCAUGGUUCCAAAUAUACUUUCAAACAAGAAAAUGCGAUACAAGCAACAUUUACAUAUUUCAAUGGUAGCUAUGACAAUACCAAGGUUAUGAAAAAAGGUGAAACAGCAAUUUUUGGACCAGAUAAUUUUGUAUAUGAAAUACUUUACGAAUAUAAACUGUUUCGUACCGAAAUGGCUAACAAAAAAGUGACAAAAAACCUUAAAUUGCGCGGCAAUUUUAAUUAA